GCAGUUUCUGUCUAUUUUCCAUCGAACGAACAACGACAGCGAUAUCUCAUGGCCCAACAGAGGAGCGUAGAGGAGCUACAGAAGCUCCUGGACGAGGCUUUGCAGCGCGCCGAAGAAGCAGAGAUAGGACGACAGGCAGAGCGACAACGCGCCGAGGACGAGCGACAACGCGCCGAGGCUUCGGAGGAACAAACACGAUUUACAACACUACACGAAUACAUCGCAGCCUGCCAUGCAUCUGUUUUCUCCCGGUUUGUCAUCGAAACUGAUCCAAAAUUGACCUCGAGGGGCUCCAUCACAAAUCCCCGUGACAAGUGGUGUCCUGCAAAUCUGCGGCCAUGGUCCGACUUCAUUGAUCAACAGAAGCUCACUUUCGGUACACUCUACGAUUCCUUUCCUACCGACCGCCGCGUUUUCGAGAACCGAAAUUUCCUGGACGUCUUGGGCAACAGGGUCUCUCAACGGCCGAUAGCAGACGAGAAGACGCUCGAAUAUUUCCUGCAUAAUAGCGUGGAGGAUCCGGUCAGGGCCAUCAUUCAUCAACUCAAAAUGGUGGAAGAGGUCAGCAGGGCAUUUCAGAUUGGAGAUGGUGUUGUCUUUGACAACCAUCCCUAUGCCCUCAGCGAUGUCGCCGAAGAAGUCGUCGAUAGGGAGACCCAGUCGACGCGACCACGGACACCAGACCACCGAGGUGAUCUCAAUCAGCUGCGACCGGAUCAAAUAUGCGUGUAUCGAUCCGACAAUGCCCUGUCUUCCCUGCGCACUAUGGUGUACAUAUCCGAAUAUAAGCCGCCCCACAAGCUAACGGCGCCACAUCUUCGUCUCGGACUCCGCGCUAUGGACAUCUACAAGGAAGUUGUAAAUCGAAAGACGAUUCCAACUUCUGCAGACCCCGACGCGCGUUUCCAGUAUCACGCGGAGAGGCUGACGGCAUCUGCAAUCACGCAGACGUAUCAUUACAUGAUUGAAAGUGGCCUUGACUACGGUCUUCUGACGACUGGCGAGGCCAUCGUAUUUCUGAAAAUUGACUGGGAUCAGCCCGAAACGCUGUACUAUCAUCUAGCGGAACCUGGUCCGGAGGUCUCAGCCCAUCCAAACAACCUGCCAAUCUGUACGGCUGUCGGUCAAUAUCUGGCGUUCACCCUCAUGGCUCUUGGUUCGCCUGGACAACAACGGACGCAUGGGCAGGAGGAACGUCGGAGAGCGAUGGAGCACUUGAAGACGUGGGCUGAGGACUUCGAAACGACAUUGCGUUCCAUCCCGGAAAAUGAACGAUCGGCAUCAUCGGACGACUCACCUGUCGCUGACGAAGACAAUAGGCGGGAACCAUCUGAUGACGAGUCGGCACCCAAGCCACCGGACACGCCUACGCCCAGCGGACGAAAUGCAAGACCAGGAACUAGGCGGAGUCAGCGGCUGGCGCCACGGCCGCGCGGAGGAGGCGGCGAGCAGGAUCGGCAGUACUGUACGCAGAAAUGCCUUCUCGCGAUGGUCAGAGGUGGUUUUCUCGACUUACAUUGCCCGAACGUGGCACUUCACCACAAGAGCUGUGUCUCCGCCCGCGCACGUCAUCCUGUCGAUCAUGUGGAAUGGCUUCGCCUACUGCGGAAGCAGCUAGAACAGUCUCUUGACGACGGGAUCAAGCCAUUAGGGGAGGGUGGCGCACGGGGCGUGCUUUUUCAAGUGACUUUACUUGCCCACGGCUACACCUUUGUCAGCAAGGGCACCGUGCCGGCUUUCAUCACAGAUCUCGAGCACGAGGCUUCGGUUUACGACCGUCUCAAGUCUAUUCAAGGCGCCAACGUGCCUGUAUUCCUGGGUGCUAUCGACCUCCGAUCGAUGAACAAGACUUACUACUACGACCAUCGGGUCUACGUGGUGCAUAUGACAUUUUUGUCAUGGGGAGGUUGCAGCAUCGGCAAAACAGAGAAAGUGGGCGACACAAACAAGUCGCUCGAAAGUGAGGCCAUUCAAUCCCUGAGAGCCUUGCAUCGAGAGGGGGUGAUCCACAAGGAUGUGCGACUUGCGAACAUGUUGUUCAACCCUGAGACCAAUAGGGUUAUGUUCAUCGACUUUGAACGGGCCUUGCUACUCAAGCCGCCCCGGCGUCCGUUGGCGCAGCUGGUGCCAAACAAGCGAGCGUGGAAGUCUGAGAUGAUGAUGGAUGUCAACAAGGCGACUGAUGAUUCAAGCAGACAGAUUGGGUCAAGUCAAAGUUUUUCAGAGGAUAUUUCAAUGGCAAAGAUGGCUUUCUUUGCAUGA